AUAGAACUGGAGGAAAACAAAACCUUGAAACCUUCUCCUUUGUAACCUUCCAUCCAUACAAUACUGUUUCCAGCCUAGCACUGCACUGCUUUACUCUCACUUUGCUUUGCCACUUAUUCCGCUGUUUUGAGGCAAGAUCAAAUGGGAGAAUUAAGUCUAAUUUAAUACAAGCAAUAUGUACCCCUAAGUGCUUUCAGGAAGAUGACACGCGAAAUCCCCCAGGUUGUAUUUACUCCUGUCACAGCUCUUUCUCCUAAGAAAGUGUUCUAAUCAGUCUUGCAUGUUUGCUGCGAGUACUCCUGACUACCUGAAUUCACAACAGAGAACAAAGGACUGGUGUUCUUAAUGGACUUGCACACACCAACAGCAUCUUUCUAGAAACACAUCUUCUUGGGACAGCAAGACUCCCUUUUCCUGGCAGAGAAGAGGCUGUUGACUGUCACUGAGUCCUUUCUCUUUUCUUUCAAGUGCUUAACUGCUUCCAGGGUUCCUUCUGCUUUUGAUUUCCAAAGGGGAAGGAGCAUAGAAAAAGUGUCAUGAAGAAAGUACUUUACAUUACCCCUAUACAACCCCAGCAGCACUGCCUUCUGUCUGUCUCAGUUGUGAAACACGACACAGGAUCCCCAUGAAUUCAGGUCUAAUUCUACCUCGCUUCACUAGUACAAGAGCUUCAUGUCCCCAGGGAUAAGCAUCUUAAGCACUUCCUGAUGUAUCUUGGGAAUAAAGACAGGAAAGCCACACCUUGGAGGCCAAUGAAAAACAAAAUCAUGACAACAUGCAAACAAACUCACAGGCCUUUAAAGUCAAUGGAAAUGUGAGUCACCUUUUCUCUCUCCUUCAAAUAUUUGAAGCACGAUUGCAAAGAUGACAGACUUAAUGUCCUCUUCUCAGUGUCAGGUCAUUACCAAGUGGCAAUAGCCACAACACUUGAAGGGUGAGUUGUAUAUUAGGGAACAACCUUUUUCCAAGGUGAGCAGCCGUGAACUGGAGAAGGUUACGCAGAAACAUUACGUAAUCUCCAUCCUUGGAAGGGCUUUGGCUAACCUUAUCUACUGGUGGCCCUGCUCCCAGCAGGAGAUUGACUUCUGGAUGCCUCUUUCAAUUAAUAUGUGAUUUUUUUUCUCUCCUGUCAAAAGCCACUCUGCCUUGCCAUCUCUCUUUCUCAUCCUGCUUGGCAUCCUUGCAUGUUGACUAGCAAAGGCAGCUAGCUUGCUCACAUUCAGCAUACUUCUUUGGGACUUGGAAGUCUCCUGGCUUGGGCUUUCCUACCACCUAACCAUUCAUCUUACCUUUCAGCUAUCCAGAUUUCUUGAGGACUUACUCACCAUACUAAAACCAACACUUGUUUAUUUUCUGGCAUUUCUCCACUGCCUUGCACAACAUUGAUUUCUGCCGUUUUUUAGAAUUCUUAACCCACUCUGUUCCUGUAAUCAGGCUUGCAGCAAAAUGCUUAGCACACAAUUUCCUUCCCUUCCUUCACCUUCCCCUGUCCUCCAGUUGGUCUCACAGUAGUUGCCACCACCUUCUUCUUUCACCACUGUCUCUCUUCCGGGACUGUAGAGUGACAACUACAGUGCCAUGUUUCCCUCCACUGUCUGUUUUCACUCCAACCUUGCUCAAGCCCUCCCAGUGUGGUUGUUUCAAUUCUUGUCCUCCUUUACUACAUGUAAGUACUGUGCAGUAACUCAGUGUUUUGUAGUGUUUCUCUCAAAUGAUUCCCAUGCAUGGUUGCAAUGAGAUUUCUUCACCAACAUAACCAGUGGGGUGUCCAUCCUUUACCCUCUGCAUGGUCCUUCACGGCUUUGGCUCUGUCUAUGUUAUUAAUGAUCUUCAACUUGAAGCUGGACAAGCAGUGUCUAAUUCAAUCACUAAGCUUGGUGUUUUAUGCUGAUGUACUGAAUUGGAAACACAGGAGUCACAGCUGCACAAAACCAGAGAGAAGAAUCAGGCCUUCAAUAUCUGCUUAAAUUCAGAAAAAAAAAAAAGUAUUGUGUAACCUUUUUGCUAGUCACUUAUUUUAAACAACAGACUUGUUUUCUCCACAACACUAGAAAACCUUUGGAAUGGGUGACCUGCUCUGCUAUCCUGUCAGUAGACUACUGUGGUGUAACAACAGAGCUGAGACUUUAACUCCAUUGUCCUUUUGAAAUGUCUAAAACUGAAAAGUGACAAGGUUAACAAAGAGGCCAAAAUUAUGCAAGAUCUUUUGGGGAUAGAAAAGAGCUUUGGGUAGAAGGAAACAACAUGGAUGUAGGGGAGAAGGAAAGGGAGGUGCAAGUAGUACUAUAUUUCUUAAUUUAAAAAUUGCUUAACACACAAACGCAGAACCUGACUGAAGACAAGACCUAAGUCUUCUCUCUCACAGGAUCAGAGGCUGUAGCAAUGGAAGUGGUCUCAACCUCAGUUGGCAAGUUUACGGUUGAUCUUUUCAACAAGCUGAAUGAGACCAACAAGGGAAAAAACAUUUUCUUUUCCCCUUGGAGCAUAUCAGCUGCUCUGGCUCUGACAUACCUGGGUGCAAAAGGGAAUACAGCAACUGAGAUGGCAGAGGUUCUUCAUUUUACUCAAGCAGCAGGAGCUGAAGCCUCUUCUUCUGCGGUCAGGCCUUCUCGGGGGAGACCGAAGAGAAGAAAAAUGGAUCCUGAGAACAAGCAAGCUGCAGAUGUCCAUUCUGGCUUCAAAAAGCUCCUGACUGCCAUCAACAAACCCAGAAGCACCUACUCGCUGAGAAGUGCCAACCGCAUUUACAUGGAAAAAAGCUUCCUAUUAUUACCUACAUAUAUACAGCUCAGUAAGAACUACUACAAAGCAGAACCACAGAAGGUUAACUUUAAGACAGCACCAGAACAGUCUGAAAAGGAAAUCAAUGCUUGGGUUGAAAAACAAACUGAGGGCAAAAUCAAGAAUUUGUUGACUCCACGAGAUGUGUCAAACACCACCGAGCUGAUCCUGGUAAAUGCAAUUUACUUCAAGGCAGAAUGGGAAGUGAAAUUUCAGGGAGAACAUACAGAUCUGCAAGCCUUCCGACUGAGCAAGAACAAGACCAAGCCAGUAAAGAUGAUGUACAUGAGAAAUACAUUUCCAGUUCUCAUCAUGGAAAGAAUGAACUUCAAAAUGAUUGAGUUGCCAUAUGUGAAACAUGAACUCAGCAUGUUCAUCCUCCUUCCUGAUGACAUCAAAGACAACACUACGGGUCUUGAACAGCUGGAAAGAGAACUGACCUAUGAGAAGCUGUCCGAAUGGACUGAUUCCAAGAAGAUGACUGAAACUCUUGUGGAUCUGUACCUACCUAAGUUCAAAAUGGAAGAGAGAUAUGACCUCAGUGAUAAUUUGGUCAGGAUGGGAAUGCACAGUGCCUUCAGCCGCAAUGCUGAUUUCAGUGGAAUGACUGAGAAGGGUGUUCUGCAGAUCUCCAAAGUUUUUCACAAGUCUUUUGUCGCAGUUGAUGAAAAGGGCACUGAGGCAGCUGCUGCUACUGCUGUCAUUAUAAACCUAAAAAGUGCACCUGUUGGCCAUGUUCUGAAAUUUAAGGUUGAUCACCCUUUCUUCUUCUUCAUCAGACACAACAAAUCCAAGAGCAUCCUCUUUUUUGGUAGAUUCUGCUCUCCCCUAGAAUGAAUUAUUACUUGCUCUCAGACAGCAACCAAGGUUCACUGCUCAACGGAAAAAUGUGAACUGCAGUGCUAAAAUCUCAACCUUAAGCCAUAUAGCCACCUGUACUGAAAAUGUAUGUUCUUCUCCUCCCACCCCAAUCCCCCUCAAAGAAGGCAGCACCCAGAAACCAUCCUGUGCCAUCAAAGAACGCCCUUCUACUGCUCCUUUCCAUUGUCCUAAUGAGACAGCCCUCCGCAGAAAACAGUGUGGAAUUUUGCUCCCUUGUAUCAAACCUGCUCUUCUGGCUUUGUUGUUUGAGAGUAAGGUGGAGUCAUAAAAGCCCUCAGCACCUAGCUAGAUGGCAUCAUCUAGCCUGUGUCAAAUGCUGACUUCAAGGGAAGUGCAGCUCAUUCUCUUGGCUCUCCCAGAGAGAAAAAAAUCCCUAAAAAUUAAAAAAAAAGAACUUGUAGAAAUCUGUUUGACCUCUUUUCCUCACUGAGAAGUGAGGAAUUUGCAUUUCCUUAUGUUAAUUUCCAAUUUAGGACUGUUGGGGAUUAACAAAAUUUAAUACAAACCCAGAAUAAUCUUAAAAAGCUCCUUACCUUCUCCUGUCUCACCACACGUAUAUAGACACAUCACACUUCUUCUCUCCUGCUCCUUCAGCUACUUGAAAAAAUUAGGCUUUGAGGAAAAAUUGUCCAGCCCUUAACAUUUAAUUGCUGACUUCUAAUCAUCUUGCAUUUUUUCCUCAUUUUUCUAAACUUUGUAGUUUAAAGUUGCUGAGAGUUCCAACCAUCAAAAAUGCUAAGAAAACUAUGAGCAACAUGCCUUCUUGCUACCUUUUACUGAUAUGUAGUCUAAAUCCUUUAGAAUUUAAAUCUGCUUCCUCUUUUUAAUUUUACUUAAUUAUACCUGUUUCCUGUCUAAUAUCUGCACAGCUUUCUUGCUUCCUGUGUUAAUGACCAACAUUUGAUUUGUACCUUAUGAGUGCAUCUCAGCAUAGAUAUUCGUGGUAUUGACAGAAACACCAGUGAAAUUUUGAUUGAUGCUUUACUUGAUAAUUUUACCAUGACCUGCAUUUAAUAAAGUAAAUUAACUAGGA